AUGGAUACAAACAUAGCUGGAAAGGAAAUUGAAGACAUGCUAAACAGCAACCCUCUGGAACUUAUUUACAGCAAUGAGGAUCGGGCUACAUAUAUGCACUACAAUGAAACCAGAACAACUCCUGAUUUACUCUUGGCUUCAAGGGACAUCAGUGAGCAGCCUGAUUUACUCUUGGCUUCAAGGGACAUCAGUGAGCAUACACACCGCAAAAUAACUGAAGAUCCUGGUUCUGGUCACAAACCAGUUAUUGGUAGUAUUACCAUCGGCAGCAAAAGCAUGUCAAGGAAAUUGCCAACUAAGCUAUCAUGGAACUUCAAGAAGGCUGACUGGUCUAGAUUCACAAACCUUUUAGAGAAUGAACUUAACACAAUUCCCCUCAACUUCAACCAACAUCCUGACAAACUUUGCACUGAUAUCACGAAUAUUAUGGUUAGAUGUGCAAAGAAAACUAUUCCUCGAGGCAAGACUAAACGCUAUCGAGUGUUAUGGUUUAAACACCUUGAGGAACUGAAAAAAAAGAGGGACGACCUUCGCAACACUGCUGAUCUGACUGGAAGAACGGAAGACGUAAAAGCCUGGAGACGACAAUCAGCUGUCCUAAGGCAAGCCAUCUUGCAUGCUAAACGCACCUCCUUCGACAAGAGAGAAUUCCAGACCUCAAGGUACAACGAACUCAAAGCUCGAACAAAGGAGAAACAGUGGACAGUGGCACUCUCCGACAUACCCGACUGGCCAAGAAUCGAAGCUGUUGCUGAGUUUAGACUACGUACCGGACACGAUUGCUUGGCAAAACACCUUCACAGAUUGGGAGUAUACAUGUAUGUAACCUACAUGAGGUAA